AUGGAAGCUAUUGGCAUAUCUCUGAAGGAAGCUCUCAAGUCUGCCCAGUGUGAGGAUCGCCUCACUGUUGGUGUCUAUGAAAGUGCCAAAAUAAUGAAUGAGUAAGUGUUUUAUGUACUGAAUUUGUGCUUAAUUUCGUACAUUUACUCAUUACUGAAAUCAUUGUUUUAUUAUAUGAUAACAUUGACUAAUGAAAGUUAUAUUUUUUUUAUCUCAACAGUGACCAAGACAGUGUGUCUUUCUGCGUCCUGGCCACCGAUGUGGAGUGUGAGUGUGACAUUGCUCUCCAGAUCCACUUCACCCUCAUCCAGUCUUACUGUUUUGACAAUGACAUCAGCAUCGUCAGAGUGAACGACAUGCAGCGCCUGGCCGAGAUUGUUGGUGACAAGACUGGCCAGCUUGAAGAUGCCCACUGCUGUCUUAUCACAGUAUGUGCUAUUUCAACUCAAACUGACUUUAUUGAACCAUUUAAUAAUAGAGAAUGAUUUAAACCAUUCAUUGUGUCCAUGUGACUAAUGUUCCUUUCCCCUCUUGUUUGUCAACAGAACUCAGCUGAUGGUUCUUGGGAGGACCCUGCUCUGGAGAAGCUGCACCUGUUCUGUGAGGAGAGCCGCAGUGUGAACGACUGGGUUCCAGAGAUCACCCUCCCUAAGCGCUGA